AUGAAUCUAUGUUUGAUUAAAGAUGGACAAGAGAUUAGUAUUGGAGAAGAUGAUGCUUUGCUAUCAGAUUUUGGAUCAACAACAGAUUUUAUCAUCAAAAUAUUAAAUCAUAAAAGUACAACAACAGAUAUUGGAGAAAAGAGUCAUGUGCCAAUAAAUACAAAUCAUCGACGCCACAGAUGCCAAAUGGAUGUGAUGGAAUUCGAGACAUCUCUUGCCAAGUAUAAAUACUUGGUAUCAAUAAUCAACUGCUACACAAAAUAUAGAUGGAUGGUUCCAAUCAAAAAGAAUGAUGCUCAAUCAAUAGUGAAUGCAUAUGAUUCCAUUGAAGAUAUUAGAAAUGAACCCUUUGAGAUACUUCAAACUGGCAAAGGAAAAGAAUUAAACUAUGAAUUAAUAGAGACCUAUUGCAAAAAGGUUGGAACCAAGAAAAUAAACUCUUCAAUUGGUCAACCCCACUGGAACGGUGGAAUAGUAAAAUCAACAAGGGAUGCUCUCUCCAAAUAUGUAGACAUGACAAAUUGGGAGACACAUAUACCACAUAUACAAGAAUCUCUUAACAACCAAAUGCAUAACACAAUUAAAAUGGAGCCAAAAACCUGUGAGAAAUUUAUAGAUCCAGAUGGAUCAAAAAUAAAGUUACACUGUCUGUAUUCAAUCUAA